AUGGACUCCAAGCUGGCCUGGACACAUUGCUUGCGAUUUUACGUACACCCACCCUUGGAAAUUAUCUUCAUCGUUUGGACCUCUACGGGACUGCUAUUAUUCAGUUUGAUUGUAACUCCGGAAGUUCCGGAGGCACUUGAGUUCAAGGAUGCCCUUGUUAUGCUGCUAGUUGCAGCUGCCCCGAAUCUUGAAUCUAUUUCGAUGUAUCCAUUACUAGGAUAUUCUCUAUUUCCAUCCUCUAAGACUCAUGAAGGCGUAAAUCUUCUCGAAAGAUUGCUAUCUCAUGCUUCCAAUUUUCCAGAGUCGAUACCAUACUGCCAGAAUUUACGGAAUAUUAGCUUCCGCCCAGACGAUGCACUCAACGAAUGGAACGAGUAUGAGGAAGAUCCAUAUUAUCAUCGGCUCAACAUGAUUCGCAAGCUAUCAGCCGUUGAAUCGGUAGCUUUCAAGCUAGCAACUUGGAGUAAUGAAGCCGGAAUACCGCCUCCUCCCCGCUCCGCGAACUACACCAAUAUUAGUUUUACACACUCUGCGAUGAACACUUGGGACCUUUGCCGGGGCAUACCCACGUUAUGCGUAACCCCGAUAUUCAAGUCCCUUUUGAUCCAUCGCCAGACCCUAGAACAACUGAAUCUGGAUAUGGAGGGCCAUUCACCUCGACAGGAACUCUAUGACGAGGAAUAUUCAGCUAGUAAAGGAGAAGGGAUGACCGAGGACGCGCAGAAAGAAUAUGAGGAGCAAUGGGCGGACGAGCUGCGGGAGAUAGCUACCCCAGAAAUCACACCACAGCGCGCCUCCUUGAAAGACUUUCCACAACUCAAGCAUCUCAGUAUUGGAGCCCAUGCAUUAUGCUAUUUAGCUCGUGGUGCAGGAGAUGGCAAGGGCCCAAUUGACUCAAAACCUUUCAAUCUGGUUGAUCAUAUCCCGUCUACCCUAGAGUCUCUCCGUAUUUACGAGCACGGACAAGCCGUGAAUGCAGGUGCUCCUUUUCUGGAUUACGAACCUGAUCUGGAUGUUGAUGCCCAACUUACGCAACUGGCGCACGAAAAAGAUGCGAAACUGCCAGGACUGAAGGUUUUUGAAGGCGUUGAUCCGUAUAUUCCAAACGGAUUCACUGUGAGACGGCAGGAAGAAAAUGAUCUAAACCUUUUCUGA